CCCAGGGCCAGCCCGACACCGCUAGGCCCGCACCACCGACCCCGAAGACCCGGAGGUCCGCUGGGGACACCUGCGCCCCGGCCGCCCCGCGCCUCUGCUGCAGCCUGAGCGGCCACCGAGCUCUUGACGAUGUCCACCGUGAAGCCAAGGCCGUCCGUGCCAUCGUCCAAGGCACCCGUGCCCCCAAAGCCGUCCGCGCCGCCGUCCAAGGCGUCCGCGCCGUCAAGGGCAUCCGCGCCACGGCCAAGGACAUCCGCGCCGCCGCCCAAGGCAGGCCCCGCACCCCCAGCUAAAGCCACCGAGCAGCAGCAGCCGGUGCCCCCCAGCACGGAGAACAAGGAUGCCAUGCAAAAGCGUGCGCAGGAACGGGCCAGAGUCCCGGGCAAAUUCCGGGACAGCAUCAAGCAUUAUUUCUUCACGCCCACCGGAUUGUUGAAGCUCCUGAGACUGGGUCUUCUCAUAGGAGCUUUAGUUUGUUUCAUUACUGCCGAAGCCCACGAAUCGUAUAUAGCAAUCACCAUUCUGGAAAUCUGCAUAGUCCUUUUUUUUAUUCUAGUAUAUAUGCUAACCCUUCACCACUUGCUGAUUUGCUUAGACUGGUCCUUACUUGAUCUAAUAAACAGCUUCAUCACAGCUGUGUUCCUUAUCCUAGUUGCUAUCGUGGCCAUGCAGGAGCUCUACAGAAGGCAGAUGUACUCGAUUGGAGGGAUCCUGUGUCUCACAGCCGCAAUCCUGUGUAUCGUCGACGCCAUUCUGGUCACCAGGAAUUUGAGGAGAAAAGUGAAAAGAGUCCUGGGCUUCAGAAUCGAAGGCAAGAGCACGCCCUCCGCGGAACCGGACACGGCCGACAAGCCGGCAGAGCUCACCCAGGCCACGUCCCGGGCCAGCACCCCCGCGGAGUCGGUGCCGUCCAAGGCCAGCUCGGCGCCCGCGUCCCAGGCCAGCAGCGCGGGGAGCCUCCCGGGCGCGUCCAGGGCCACCAGCCUCGAGGCCGCCUCGGCGGCAGCCUCGCGGACAUCCUCGCGGGCGCCCUCGCGGGCACCCUCGCAGGCACCCUCGCGGGCGGCGUCGCGGGGCUCCCGGGCCCGGCCCGGCCAGGUGUAG